UUCACUUUCAGUCCUGGCUGAGACUGAUGGCGGCGCGAGCAGAGCAGCGGAGCAGGAAACUCAGACUAAACUUCAGAAAUAACAAAAGAGGCUAAAUACAACCUGUCGGGAACGCGGACUGAUCAGGAGAACUGAUUAUAUAAAAGCAUCAGAAAACACACCGAUGUCCAAAACUGAUUAUCGAUCAUCUGCGGAUUUCAGCGGUUAAAACAGAGGCAGGAAGAAGAGUUACACAGCAACACAUCUGGGCGAGGAGGAGUACUGAAUAUUCGUUACUCUUCAUUUAACCCCCCCCCCCAGCUGAAUUAGUCUGUGAUGUUCUCAGCAGAGUUCAAUAUGGCGUCUGCAGCGUCAGAUGAUGAUCAUUUAAAUUCCAAGAAGCGCAGCAGCAGCCCUGAGCAUGACCGUCCUAACUUCACAGAUGAUAUACAACCCAGGAAGUGCGAAGAGAGCAUGGAGGAGCCUCCUGACUUGUGUGAGCUGAGGGUUGUUCUGCUGGGGAACAGCUGGUCUCAGAGGAGUUCAGUGGGGAACUUCAUACUGGGAGAGACUGUGUUCAACACAGAGGAAGAAGCAGACUGCUGUCUGAGACUUGGGGGACAGUUGAAGGAGAAAAAAAUAAUUUUCAUCAACACCCCAGAUCUGCUGCUUCCUGACAUCUCUGAACACAAACUGACAGAACAUGUGAAACACUGUGUGAGACUCUGUGAUCCUGGACCUCAUGUGUUCCUGCUGGUUCUACAGCCUGAAGACUUCACUGAGGACCAGAAGAAGAGGCUCUGCAGAGUCCUUCAACUCUUCAGUGAUCAAUCAUUUGAUCAUUCACUGGUUCUGAUAUCAACACCCAGAGAGAAGAGGACAAGUCUCAUAGAAAAAUAUAAACACCAUCCAGUGUUUGGAGACAUGAUCGGAAAAUGUAGACGCUGGUUGUUGUGGCAGAAACUUGAAGGUUCAGAUCUGUUAACAAUCAUGGAGCAAAUUGUAAAAGAGAACAAUGGAGAUCAUGUGACCUGUGAUGUGUUUGAGGACACACAGUCCGAUAUAUCCAGUGGGUUUGGAAGCCUGAGACAAGAUGAAGCAGCCAGAGUCAAUGUGGAUCCUUCUGGAGCUGCUGGACUGAAAUCCCUCUUGGAUUCAGCAAAAAAAGUUGGUGUCAACUUCCCUGAGCUCAGGAUUUUGCUGGUUGGAAAAAGUGAAGACAAGAAGACAAAACUUUGUAAUAUUAUUCUGGGGGAGCAAGGAUUUCAUUUCCAAAAUCUUUUACCAAUCAAACAAUGUGUGGCCACCUGUGGAGAGUGGAGAGGAAAAUCUCUAACAGUAGUAAAAACAUCAGACAGGUUCAGUCUGUCUGAACAGACAGUGAGAAGAGAGGUGAAGAGAUGGAUGAAUCUGUGUUUCCCUGGACCAAAUGUUCUGCUGCUGUUAGUGAAACCUUCUGAGUUCAACAGAGAGAACGAACAGAGGCUGAAGUUCAUCCUGAGUUUGUUUGGUCAAGAUGCUUUUAGAUACUCAAUGGUCGUCAUAACAGAUAAGAAGAGUGGAACACAUUCAACUGUGAAUCAGCUGAUUAGAGACUGUGGAGGAAGAUACUACAACAUGUUUGAAAGUGACCAGAGUCAGUUAAUGCAGAAGAUUGAGAACAUUGUGCAUGAAAACAAAGGAACCUUCCUCACCUUCACUGAAGAGACCAAACCAUCUUUAAACCUGGUUCUGUGUGGGAGGAGAGGAGCAGUGAAGACUUCAGCAGCCAAGGCCAUUUUAGGUCAGACAGAGCUUCAUUCAGUCUCCACCUCAUCAGAGUGUGUUAAACAUCAGGGAGAGGUGUGUGGACGUUGGGUUUCCCUGGUGGAGCUGCCUGCCUUGUAUGGAAAACCUCAGGAGGCAGUGAUGAAGGAAUCAUUCAGGUGUAUCUCCCUCUGUGAUCCUGAGGGCGUCCAUGCCUUCAUCCUGGUCCUACCUGUGGGUCCCCUCACUGAUGAAGACAAGGGAGAGUUAGAGACCAUCCAGAACACAUUCAGCUCUCCAGUCAAUGACUUCACCAUGAUUCUGUUCACUGUGGAGUCAGAUCCUACAGCUCCAGCUGUUGUUGACUUUGUAAAGGGCAAACACAUCCAGGAGCUCUGUCAGAGCUGUGGGGGAAGAUCUGUUGUUCUCAACAUGAAGAACAAACAGCAGAUCCCAGAUCUGUUGGACACUGUGGACAAAAUGAGACUCUCCAAAGAACCAUCCUGCUACACAACAGAGACAUUUGCACAUGUUCAAAUAGGAAAGAUCACCACUCUACAGGCUGAAGUUGAGAACCGGAACCGGACAAUCACUGUCGGUUGUGAUGAAGAGAAACAGAGUCCAGAGAGUCUCAGGAUUGUGCUGAUAGGGAAGACUGGCAGUGGAAAGAGCUCUUCAGGAAACACUAUUCUGGGAAGAAAGGAGUUUAAAGCUGGAUUAAGUCAAACAUCAGUCACCAAGUGUUGUCAGAAAGAACAGAGUGAAGUGGACGGUCGUCCUGUUGUUGUGGUCGACACUCCUGGUCUGUUUGACGAUAGGUUGUCCCAUGAUCAGGUUAAUGAGGAGAUGGUGAAAUGUAUCAGUCUUCUGGCUCCAGGACCACAUGUCUUCCUGUUGGUGUUACAGAUUGGACGAUUCACACCAGAGGAGAAGGAGACACUGAAACUCAUCAAAGAAGUCUUUGGGAAGAAUUCAGAGAAGUUCACCAUCAUUCUUUUAACUGGAGGAGAUAAACUGGAACACGAGGAACUGUCCAUUGAAGAAUACAUUAAAGAGAAAUGUGAUGAUUCCUUUAAGAAGCUGAUCUCUGACUGUGGAGGAAGAUACCAUGUGUUUAACAACUAUGAAAAACACAAUCACACACAAGUCAGUGAACUGAUCAACAAGAUCAACACCAUGGUGAAGAAAAAUGGAGGCAGCUGCUUCACUAAUGAGAUGCUGCAAGAGGCUGAAGCAGCGAUAAAGAAAGAAAUGGAGAGGAUCCUGAAGGAGAAGGAAGAAGAGAUGAAGAGAGAAAGAGAGGAGCUAGAGAGAAAACAUGAAGAAGAAAUGCAAGCUAUGAAAAUAAGAAUGGAAGAACAGAGAGCAGAAAUUGAACGAGAGAGAAAACUGAGAGAAAAACAGCUCAAGGAAAUGGAGGAAAAUAUCAGCAAGGAACAUGAGCAAAGAAAGACAGAACAGGAAAUAAGAGAAAAAGAGGACAGUAUGAAGAGACAUCAGGAAGACAUUCAACGACAGGAGUGGGCACAAAAAAUUAAAGACCUGGAGGAUAAAAUGAGAUCAGAAUCAGAAUCAAAGGAAAACAUUGACAGAAAACUGAAGGAGAGAACAGAAGAGAUGAAAAAACAACAAGAGGCCUGGGAGAAGGAACGAAAAGAGUGGUGGGAAAAACGAAAAGAAGAUGAUGAACAGAGAAAACAAGAGGAACAAAUGAAAAUUAGGAAUCUCCAAGAAAAAUAUGAUCAAGAAAGAGAAAAGUCUGAAAACAAGAGAAAAGAAGAGGACAGAAUCAGAAGGGAACAGGAAGAGAAGGAACGUAAAAAGUUAGAGGAAAAGUAUAAGAUGGAAAUGGAGAAUAUGAAGAAGAAAUAUGAAGAGGAGGCCAGAAAACAAGCUGAAGAAUUCAAUGAGUUCAAAGAUAAAAUGGAGGAGGACUUUGCAGCUCAGAUAGACAAACACAUGAAAGAAGUGAUGGAUCUGAAGCAAGAGCAUGAGGAAAACAUGAAGGAGAAACAGGAGGAAUAUAAAAGGUUAAUGGAUCUCUCAGAACACAAUGAAAAAAGUCUGAAACAAUCUAUGGAUGAACUGCAGGACAAACAUAAACAGGAAACAACUGAUCUGAUCCUGAUACUUCUGACACAAAAGAAAGAGAACAGGAAAAAAAUGAGGAAGGAGCAGGAAACACAGAGAAGAGAGGUGGAUGACCUGAAGAACGAGCUUUCAAUGGAAUACAAAAGAAAAAAGAAGAAACACCUGGAUAAAUUAAAGAAAAAACACAAAGAGGAAAUGAAAUCUUUGGAACAAGAACUUCAGAGCAAAGAAGAUCAGAGGAUAAGAAAGACUGAGCUGUCCAUCAAACAGGACCAAGAAAAGAAUGAGCUGAAACUGAAACUUUUGAGUGAACAGCACCAACAUCAGAAGGAAGAACUGGAUAAAUUACAGAAACAACAUGAACAAAAACUGAAUGAAUUAAAACAGAAACUUGUGGAAAAAAAUGAAAGAGAUGAGAAAGAAAAGAUGGAUGAGCUGCAGAGGAAACACAAAGAGGAGAUGAAUGAGUUGGAACGAGUUAUGACCCAAAACAAAGACAGUGACAGACAAGACCUGGAAGAACUGCAGAAAAAACAUGAAACAGAAAUGAGAGACCUGAGAGAGAAACUUUUGACCCCUGAUGAGAAACAGUCCUGUUUCAUUUCUUGGAUCAGUCUGUUCUCAGCAGAGUUCACUAUGGCGUCUGCAGCCCCAGAUGAUGGUGAUGUGCGCAGCAGCAGCCCUGAGCGUGAUCGUCCUGACUUUACAGUUGAAGCUCAACCUCUGAAGCGAAGCAGCAGCUUUCAAUUCCUUCCACCUCACUUUUCUGAGCUGAGGGUUGUUCUGCUGGGGAACAGCUGGUCUCAGAGGAGUUCAGUGGGGAACUUCAUACUGGGAGAGACUGAGUUCAACACAGAGGAAGAAGCAGACUGCUGUCAGAGAGUCAGAGGACAGGUGGAGGAGAAAGAAAUAGUUCUCAUCAACACCCCAGAUCUGCUGCUUCCUGACAUCUCUGAACACAAACUGACAGAACAUCUAGAAACCUGUGUGAGACUCUGUGAUCCUGGACCUCAUGUGUUCCUGCUGGUUCUACAGCCUGAAGACUUCACUGAGGAACAGAAGGAGAGGCUCUGCAGAGUCCUUCAACUCUUCACUGAUCAAUCAUUUGAUCAUUCACUGGUUCUGAUAUCAACACCCAGAGAGGAGAGGUCAGGCUCUGGAGAAAAACAUGAACCAGAUCAGAUCUUAAAAGACAUGAUGAGAACAUGUAGAUACAGAAACCUGAAGCAGGAGAACCUGGAACGUUCAGAGCUGUUAACACGGUUGGGUCAAACUGUAAAAGAGAACAAUGGAGAACAUGUGAGCUGUGAUCCAGCAGCAGGUUCAACUCAUGAUCAGGAAAACCUGAAACACGAAGAAGGAGUCAGUCAUUUGGAUUCCCCAGAAGCUGUUGCAGGUGGACUCAGGGUUGUGAUGAUUGGAAAAAGCGAGGACAAAAAGAAAACACUAUACAACUUGAUCACUGGCAGCAAACAGAUUAAAAUUUUCAAAGACAAACAGUGUGUGUCCACCUGUGGACAGUGGAGAGGAAAACCACUAACAGUGGUGAAAACUCCAGACAUCCUCAGUCUAUCUGUUGAAGCAGUGAGAGAAGUGAUGAAGAGCUGUGUGAGUCUUUGUCGUCCUGGACCAAAUGUUCUGCUGCUGUUAGUGAAACCUUCUGAUUUCACUGAGGAGAACAGAAAAACACUGAAGUUCAUCCUGAGUUUGUUUGGUCAAGAUGCUUUUAGAUACUCAAUGGUCGUCAUAACACACGAGGGGAUCGGAAUGAGUGACUCUGUUAUUGGACUCCUCAAAGACUGUGGAGGAAGAUACUACAACAUGUCUGACAGUGACCACAGAGUGUUAAUGCAGAAGAUUGAGAACAUUGUGCACAAAAACAGAGGAACCUUCCUCACCUUCACUGAAGAGACCAUAAGACCAAAGUCUGAACACAUCAAACCAUCUUUAAACCUGGUUCUGUGUGGGAGGAGAGGAGCAGGGAAGACUUCAGCAGCCAAGGCCAUUUUAGGUCAGACAGAGCUUCAUUCAGUCUCCACCUCAUCAGAGUGUGUUAAACAUCAGGGAGAGGUGUGUGGACGCUGGGUUUCCCUGGUGGAGCUGCCUGCCUUGUAUGGAAAACCUCAGGAGGCAGUGAUGGAGGAAUCAUUCAGGUGUAUCUCCCUCUGUGAUCCUGAGGGCGUCCAUGCCUUCAUCCUGGUCCUACCUGUGGGUCCCCUCACUGAUGAAGACAAGGGAGAGUUAGAGACCAUCCAGAACACAUUCAGCUCUCCAGUCAAUGACUUCACCAUGAUUCUGUUCACUGUGGAGUCAGAUCCUACAGCUCCAGCUGUUGGUAACUUUCUAAAGGAAAACAAGAACAUCCAGGAGCUCUGUCAGAGCUGUGGAGGAAGAUCUGUUGUUCUCAACAUCAAGGACAAGAGGCAGAUUACUGAGAUGCUGGAUGCUGUGGAAAAAAUUAGACUCUACAAAGAACCAUCCUGCUACACAACAGAGAUGUUUGCACAGGCCCAAAUAGAAAAGAUCAUAAAACAAGAGAAACACAUAAUCACGCUAGAAGCCGAACUUGAGAACUGGAAAACAAAAAGCACUGUCAGUUGUGAUGAAGAGAAGCAGAGUCCAGAGAGUCUCAGGAUUGUGCUGAUAGGGAAGACUGGCAGUGGAAAGAGCUCUUCAGGAAACACCAUUCUGGGAAAAGAGGAGUUUAAAUCUGGCUUAGGUCAAAAAUCAGUCACAAUGUUUUGUCAGAAAGCACAGAGUGAAGUGGACGGUCGUCCUGUUGCUGUGGUCGACACUCCUGGUCUGUUUGAUACAACUUUUUCUCAUGAUCAGGUUAAUGAGGAGAUGGUGAAAUGUAUCAGUCUUCUGGCUCCAGGACCACAUGUCUUCCUGUUGGUGUUACAGAUUGGACGACUCACAUCAGAGGAGAAGGAGACACUGAAACUCAUCAAGAAAGUCUUUGGGAAAAAUUCAGAAAAGUUCACCAUCAUUCUUUUAACUGGAGGAGAUAAACUGGAACGUGUGAAACUGUCUGUUGAAGAAUACAUUGAUAAUGAAUGUGAUGAUUCCUUUAAGAAGCUGAUCUCUGACUGUGGAGGAAGAUACCAUGUGUUUAACAACUAUGAUCAACACAAUCACACACAAGUCAGUGAGCUGAUCAACAAGAUCAACACCAUGGUGAAGGAAAAUGGAGGCAGCUGCUACACUAAUGAGAUGCUGCAAGAGGCUGAAGCAGCGAUACAGAAAGAAGUGGAGAGGAUCCUGAUGGAGAAGGAAGAAGAGAUGAAGAGAGAGAGAGAGGAACUAGAGAGAAAACAUGAGGAAGAAAUACAAGAAAUGAAAAGAAGAAUGGAAGAAACUGAACAGGACAGAAAACUGACAGACAAACGGCUCAAGGAAAUGAAGGAAAACAUCACAAAAGAAUGUGAAAAGAGAAAGAAGGAACAGGAAAUUAGAGAAGAGGAGGAAAGAAAGAAAAGACAACAGGAACAAUUUCAACAACAGGAGUGGGAACAAAAAAUUAAAGACCUGGAGGAUAAAAUAAGAUCAGAGUCAGAAUCAAAAGAAACUACUAACAGAGAGCUGAAGGAAAGUAAAGAGGAGAUGAGAAAACGACAAGACGCCUGGGAGAAGGAAAGAAAAGAGUGGUGGGAAAAACGAAAACAAGAAGAUGAAAAGAGACAACAGGAGGAACAAAGACUCCAAGAAGAAUAUGAGCAAGAGAGAAUUAAAUCUGAGAGAAGAAAAGAAGAGGACAGAAUCAGGAGGGAACAGGAGGAGAAGGAGCGUAAAGAGUUGGAAGAAAACCACAAGAUGGAAAUGGAGAAUAUGAAGAAGAAAUAUGAAGAGGAGGCCAGAAAACAAGCUGAAGAAUUCAAUGAAUUCUUUGCAGCUCAGAUCGAAAAACACAUGAAAGAAGUGAUGGAUCUGAAGCAACAGCAUGAGGAAAACAUGAAGGAGAAACAGGAUGAAUAUAACAUGUUGAUGGAUCUCUCAGAACACAGUGAAAAAAGUCUGAAACAAUCUAUGGAUGAACUGCAGGACAAACAUAAACAAGAAACAACUGAUCUGAUCCUGAUACUUCUGACACAAAAGAAAGAGAACAGGAAAAAAAUCAGGAAGAUGCAGGAAACACAGAGAAGAGAGGUGGAUGACCUGAAGAACGAGCAUUCAGAUGAAAACAAAAGAAAAGAGAAGGAACAACUGGAUAAAUUAAAGAAAAAACACAAAGAGGAAAUGAAAUCUUUAGAACAAGAACUUCAGAGCAAAGAAGAUCAGAAGAUGAGAAAGACUGAGCUGUCCAUCAAACAGGACCAAGAAAAGAAUGAGCUGAAACUGAAACUUUUGAAUGAACAGCAACAUCAGAAGGAAGAACUGGAUAAAUUACAGAAACAACAUGAACAAAAACUGAAUGAAUUCAAACAGAAACUUGUGGAAAAAAAUGAAAGAGAUGAAAAAGAAAAAAUGGAUGAGCUGCAGAGGAAACAUGAAGAAGAGAUGAAUGAGUUGAAACGAUUCAUGACCCAAGCUGAAGGCAGUGACAGACAAGAACUGGAAGAACUGCAGAAAAAACAUGAAACAGAAAUGAAAGAGCUGAGAGAGAAACUCUUGACCCCAAAUCAGCAACAGCCAUGUUUCAUUUCAUGAGUAAACCCAUUGUGUCAUUGUGUAUUUUUAUUCUCUUCAAGCUUCAAGAGGCUUCUCAUGUGUAAUCUGUACAGUUCAAAGGGUUCAGGUGUUGAUCCUGUCUGUUGUAAGGUUAGUGGAAAAGACAGUGUUUAGACCGUCCCUCCCUCAGACAACCAGGUUCUACAUGUGACUGCAGACAGUGUGAUGAAGACCUUCUCUAUGGUGAACCCUCACAGAGCAGCUGUCUGAAUGAUUACAGCCCCACAGCACUCACACCAUCACCACCACUGAGAGACUGGUCCUGCAGAACAUUAAGUCCAGACUCUCUGUCAAGACUUGACCCUGUUCAAUUUACUGAAGACACCUCUAACAUCUGUCCUCCACCCAACCCCCUCCCACCUGGAAAAACGUCCUAUGAAAAAGUAAGUACACCCUCUUUGAAUUCUGUGGUUUUAAUUCUAUCAGGACAUAAUAAAAAAGAAUUUGGUCCCUACCAGGUUAUACAGUUAUUUAAAUCUAACCUAACCUUCAAAAAUGAAGCCAAGCGUCGCUGCAGUUCAUUCAGGUUUGCACGCAUUCCUUUAUGCACGGCUCUCUUAAGGUCCCACCACAGCUUUUUAAAGUAGUUGAGGUCUGGACUUUAACUGGGCCACUGCAACACCUUGAUUCUUUUCUUUUUCAGCCAUUCUGUUGUAGAUUUGUGUUGCUGGUGUGCAAACAAAUCUUGCAUGACCCAACCUCAGCCAAGCUUUACUGGUCAGAAAUAUGGCCUCACAUUUGACUCUAGAAUACUUUGGUAUUCAGAGGAGUUCAUGACUGACUAAGUGCCUGCAAGGUGCCCGGGUCCUGUAGCUGGAAAACAAACCUAAGCCAUCUGUCCUCCAUCACCGUGCUCGACAGUUGGCAUGAGGUGUUUGGUUUUCACCAAACAUGGAGCUGUGCAUUUUGGCCAAACAUCUCCACUUUGGUCUCCUCUGUCCAAAAGACAUGGUUCCAGAAGUCUUGUGGUUUGUUCAGAUGCAACUUUGCAAACCUGGGCAGUGCUGUCAUGUUUUUUUCAGAGAAGAGGCUUUCUCCUGACAACCCUUCCAAACAAUCCAACAAAAGACAUACUAGUCUUUUUCUAAUUGUACUGUCAUGAACCUUAAAAUGCUAACUGAGGCCUGUAGAGUCUGAGUUGUAGCUAUUGGGUUGAAUUUGUUGGAAUGUCCACUCCUGUGAAGAUUGGCAACUGUCUUGAAUGUUGUGAAUAAUCUUUCUCACUGCAGAAUGAUGGACUUCAAAUUGUUUGGAAAUGGCCUUAUAACUUUUACUAGAUUGAUGGGCAGCAACAACUGCUUCUCUAAGAUCAUUGCUGAUGUCUUUCCUCCUUGGCAUUGUACUAACACACACCUCAAUGCUCCAGACCAGCAAACUGCCCAAACCUCUGCUUUUAUAGAGGUGAUCACACUUGCUGAUAAUAAAUUAAUCAAGGUCAUUUGAUCAGCAGUUCCUGGCUGAUACUUACCCUCUUAAUGAAGCAGUAAGGGUGUGCUUAACUUUUCACACACUGCUUCUGCAUUUUGGCCAAGUUUUUGUUAAAUAAAUAAUAAUAUAGCAUAAUAUGUCAUAUGUUGUUGUUCCUCCUUGUUUACCUAAUUUUAAGACCUGCUAAAGACCAGAUGUUUUUUUUAUGUCCUGAUACAUAAAAUCAUAGAAUUCACAGAUGGUGUACUUUGUUUUUCACAUGACUGUAUAUCAGGGUGCUGUUCACUGUCUUUAUCUCAACCUUCAACAAAGCUGUCCUACAACACCUGAUUAUGGAGCUGAGCCAGCUCAACCUCAACACCUCCCUCUGCAC